AUGAGCGAGCUCCCAGUGGAUUAUCGUGUUGCACAGGCAGUUGGCCUGGCGGGCUCUGCCUGGCUAGCUGGUAACAUUGCAUCAUACAGCCUAAGCGUUGUUCCAUCUCUCAGCCAACACCACAAAGAUGGUCAAUUGUCGACAUCACAAGCAACCAAACUAUGGGCAACAUUAUACAACCACGGGAAAACACAAAAUCCACCAAUCUCCGUUUUGACAGCAUCUGGGUAUCUCUAUCUCGCAUGGUCAGUGCGGUCAGGCUCGUCCUUGUACCAACUAGUCAGCCCGAAUGCGUCGGCUCUGUACUCUACAGCAGCGAUUAUCGUUAUGAGCAUUGUUCCAUUUACUUUAAUUGGAAUGAUUAGUACUAAUAAUGCUCUGCAUGAGAAAGCUAAUACUGCACCUGAUGCUAUGUCUGGCGAAAACCCCGCUGUGGAGGUGCAGGGAUUGUUACAGAGCUGGACCUCACUCAACGCAGUAAGGAGUUUACUGCCCCUGGCAGCUACUCUGGUCGGUAUUUUCGCUUCUGUCGGUUAA